UCACAGUUGAAAUCCGAAAGAGGCAGAAGGAGGAGAAGGAAGAGAGCAUAGCAGAGAGUAGAGAGUGAUGGACCAGGAAGAGCACGAGGUCUACGGCGCCGACAUUCCCGAUGAGGAGGUGGAGAUGGACGCCGACGCCGACGCCGACGCCGAACAACAAGACCACGAUUUCGCCUCCAAUCACCCAAACAAGGACUUGGAGGACAUGAAGAAGAGGUUGAAGGAGAUCGAGGAAGAAGCUAGCGCGCUUCGCGAGAUGCAAGCCAAGGUUGAGAAAGACAUGGGUGCUGUUCAAGAUGCUGGCUCUUCUGCAACUCAAGCUGAAAAGGAGGAAGUGGAUGGUCGAUCAAUCUAUGUUGGCAAUGUUGACUAUGCAUGUACACCAGAAGAAGUCCAACAGCAUUUUCAGUCAUGUGGAACUGUGAACAGAGUGACAAUAUUGACAGACAAAUUUGGUCAACCAAAAGGAUUUGCUUAUGUAGAGUUUGUUGAGGCUGAGGCUGUUCAGAAUGCUGUCAUGUUAAAUGAAUCAGAAUUGCAUGGUCGGCAACUGAAGGUGUCUGCUAAGCGUACAAAUGUUCCUGGAAUGAAACAGUAUUUUGGAAGAAGGCCAGCUGGCUUCAGAUCUAGGAGGCCCUUCAUGCCUUAUGCACCAUUCUAUCCACCAUAUGCUUACGGAAGAUCUCCGAGGUAUAGAAGACCCAUGCGAUACAGGCCAUACUAGUGCUCCUUCUGUCAUUCCCAAUUCCAUAGGUGAUCACAUGUUUACGAUAAGACGAGGACAAGGCGUUAUUAAUUUGCCAUGUAAUAAUAUUCGUUGGUGGAGGAAGAACCUUAAGCUUUGUUUACACAGCCAAUUAGAUGUGUGAUAUGGACAAAUGUAGACUCAUCGUUUUGUUGCCGAACACGCACGGUCCUGGGCACUGAAUACAUCAAUGUAGGCAACUAUGCAGGGAAACUCAAUAGUUUCUUAGUUUGAAAUUUGACAUUAAACUAUUCAGUUCAAUGUUAUUUUUGUUUUUUAAAGAAAAUGAUAUGAACUUAAGUGUUUGAAUUGGUUA